CGAAGUUUAAACGUGCCAUUCCGUUUGAUCAAAAACGUGCUCAACGUGCUCGCGACUCAGUUCGUGUUAUGAGUUAUCCGACGUUGUAGUCAGAAGGAGACUCGGAAGUUAUAGAAGUGUUGACAAAAUCUGCAGUGAGGUUUCCAUCAGUAGUAUUGAAAAACAUUGAAUGUACGUACAUUUGAUGUACAAUCAGAUUGUAAUGUUUAACGUCUGUAGAAGUUUGUUUUCUGUUCGGCUGUGAUUUUUGGUGCUAGACAACGAAUAUAUAGUGUCAGCGGUAAACGAAUAUGGAAAUUACUGAGUAUAUUUUAAAAAUAGUUGUUGCACCUAGAGACACGACGGAUAAAGAGACAAUCAAAGAAAUACCACUCAACACAAAAAAUACCUACACGUGUGGUCGGUCCAGGGAAAAUGACAUUACUUUGCCGAGCACCUUAGUGUCCAAACACCAUUGUCUCUUCUUCCGAAGUGAGGCUAAUUUGUAUCUUCAAGACCUGAAAACCAGCCGUAAUGGCACCUUCAUUAAUGGUAAAAAACAAAAGCCCCAAGUAAUGGUACUGUUAAAAGAUGGCGACAUCAUUGGUAUUGGAUACAACCAGAAAGAGCCCACUGAUCCUCAGCAAUAUGUUUAUCAGCUACACAAACAGGUAAUCAUAGAUUUGGCACGAGAAUGUGUGAAGACAGAGAUGUGCGAAGAUAUUGAGGAGGAAGAUCACGAAACGCCGAGUAAAUUAUUAAAAAUAUCAGAAACUUCUUCAAAGACCGUAGUUAAAAACCUCGGAAAUCCGAUCCUUAGGCCCGAAACUGCACAUUCGGUUUUUGCGAAUUCUCUACAGAUGAGUUUUGAAAUUACCGUCAAUAAGGAAUACACCGGACCGAUGCCUAAUGUAUUCGUAAAUAAAAUACCUUUGACUCAUUCUGCGAAUGGCUUCCAAAUGAUCAAAAACCCUGCCUUUACAGAAAACCAAUCAAAUCAAUCUGGAUGGAUCCGAAAUUCAUUUCAAGCUUCUCACACUCGUGCGAAUUCAAACGCGAUUCCGCAGAAUGAAGCUGUUUUUCAAGAAAUGGAAAAUGUUGUUGAAUUACCGGGAGAUAAUGUUACGAGUAGCAGUACUUCAUUCUCCAUCAAUAAACAGAUCACAGUAGAAAAUUCAAUCUUUGAAGUCACUGAAAUUUCGCCAAAGAGAUCGUCUCCACCAAUUAACGCUACCGAGGAAGAGUCUUCUACUUCCGAAAAAGAAGUUUCUACAACUCAAGUUUCUGCUGAAGAACCACAAGAAGUUGUGAAGCCAAAAGACGCAGUGCAACCUCAAUUGCACCGGCAAAGUCCUGACAGUACAAAUGCCGAGAAUGAAAUGAAUUUGUUUAACUUUUCAGCAAAUUAUACGGAUAGUGAUACAUCUAAUGAAUUUUGCACGUCAAUGACAAAAACAUCUCGAAGCAAUACCUCUGAGGAAAAGCUUAAUAUGGAAGUGGCUGCGGUUUUGAAAUCCAGUGAAAACAGGUUGUUUACUGUAGGACAAAAAACUGCAUCAGUCGAAAUCAGUCAAGUUUUAAGGUGCAUGGAUCAAAAUACCGACUCAAGGGAUACAAAAAAAAAUUCAGAAGUAAAAUAUCGAAGGACUUCAAGUAAGAAAACGAGGAAUAAUAUAAGGAAUGAUUCCAAAUCGAAAAUAUCAAAAGAUCCAGUAAUUAGAACAAGUAGAACGAAAAAAAUUAAAUUAGAAAAUGAAGAUCAAGUAGCAGAGGAAAGCGAUACAGAUGAGAGUUUUAAACUCUACCUAAGCGACGAAGGUGAGGGUAAACUAGACGAGAAUGCAAACUUUAACAUCUCGAGUACUGCAAUAGAUAUGCUACAAAGGACAAAUGAUCUCUUUAUAGAAGAUAUUGCUAAAGAGUCAGAACAAAUAAAAAGUCCUGAAGGCCCACUAACGAGAAGUGUUGAUCCGAGAACUUGCAAAACAAAAAGUCAAUUGGAACAUCAUGAGACUAAUUGCAGCAUCAAUAUUGAAAAUAACCUAGCAGAAUGCAACCCAUCGUGGGAAACAGCGAAUACCGCAAUUUCGUCUUUAAACAACGUUCCUUUGACUUACAAUCCGUAUCCCUUUCCAAAUGCUCAAUACCCAUAUCUUGCUUAUCCAAACUCGUAUUCCAACCCACAAGAUUUUUAUUCAGAUCAUUAUCCAAUCUCAUAUAUAAAUGAUAAGCUUCCAUAUUACCAGUUGCAAGACCAUCAGAUUUCUUUUCAAAAUUAUCAAACUCCUUACUUGAAUUAUCCACCUCCAUGUCCAAAUAAUCAAAUUCCAUAUUCAGUCGGGCAAACUCCAUUGCCAGUACCAUAUCCAAAUAUUGAAACUCCUCAGUCGAAUAAUAAUCAAUUUCCAAGUCCCUACUCAAACGAUUUAUCCUCGAUUAAUUCUUUGAGUGCUGAAAAGACAAGCAAAGAGAAAGCUCAACUUUUUGAAGAGUUUUCUGCGUCUUGGCAUUAUAAAGGUGUAGAAGAAACUCAUCGAGCGGAAAGGAUUGAUUUUAAAAAUAAGAAAGCAACACCCAGAGUUAUAAGCUCGGAAAGAGUAAAUCUUCCAUAUAAAUCCAGUUUGAAGUCACAACUGAAAAUCCAUGCACCAAAAUUCAUGCCUUAUGUUCAGAAGAAUCCACUGUUAAUUGAAUGUCUUCCUCUCGCUAGUCCUAAGCCACAAGUGCCUCAAGAGGAUAAGAAUUUGAACAGUUUUGUUGUUCCAGAGCCAGCAAUGAAUCAAGAUCUCCUUGAUAUGCAUUGUGUUUCAAAUCCUCCAGUGAUACUUGAGCCUCUUCCUCUCGCCAGCACAAAUCCCCAAGUCCCUCAAAAAGAUAAGUAUUUAAAAACUUUCGAUGUUCCAAAGCCAAAAAUAAAACUAGGACCUCUGCAUGUAUCAAGUUCUGGCUCAGAGUUUCUUAAAGAAAAUAAGAACUUGAUCAAAAAUUCAUUAUUGUUGCAAGAACCAGUGCAGAAAAUUGAGCCAGAUAUGACAAAAUUAGGAAAACUCGAAACUUAUAUACCUGCAGAUAAAUUAUUCCGAUCAGCUGCGAAAUCCGAUGAGGUUUUAAUGAACAUUGUGUCUUGGAGACCUGCAGAGUUUGAGAGCUGCUUUUCUAGAGAAGUACCUUGUGUAUUGAAUAAAGAGAAAAUACGAAAGACGCAGCCGGUGUAUAACAACCACGAGGACUACUGUAAAGUUCAAAUACCUCUGAUCCUCAUAGACAUUUCCUACAAAAUUAAAAAUGCUUACAAAGUCACAAAAGAAAGAACAACGUUUACGAAUUGCAAAAUAGUGAAGAACUCAGCUUCAAUUAUUUGGAUAGAAGAUACGUACUCUUAUAUGAUGGGAUUCAAUGUCAAAGUAUGUGGAUCAAAACUGAACUCACAUAAGCCUCUUACUGUUGGAGAUUUUCUCCGGGUAGAAAUCACAAAAGGUGAUACGAAUUUCCGUACUUUGAUGUUUGCUUAUGUUGCAAAGAUUUUGGAUAGAGAGGAAAAUAAUUCUGCUCUCGAAUCAUUGACAAUGACUUUCGGUGUGGUAACGAAGUUGAUUGAUUUUAAUCUCUAUAGGAGCAAAAUUAAAGAGUUGUCUUUAAUAAUGUCACUACUUCCUUCGAUUAAUUUAGUUAUGGCACUAGAAAGCUUUAAAGAAUCGCCACUGCUACCGAUGAUUUUGAACCCUGAUCCAGAUAAUUAUCAGUUAGUUGAUCAUUUGGAUCCAGGUCUAAAAGUGUUAUUAGAAACGUCCUCUACUCCUGACUUAUUAUUGGAGGAGAAUUUAAACUACGAGCAGUUAAGUGCUGUUAGAAAAAUUGCUGAUGUGGCUAUAAGGCGGGAACCUAAAGUUGCAUUGAUCGAAGGAUUCCCAGGAACUGGAAAAACGAAAGUGAUAGUAGAUACGAUAAUAGAAAUACUCAACGGGCAAAAUUACAGUCAAGAUAAAAAUCACACUAUGAAAAUUCUUGUGAGCGGUGUAUCCAAUUCGGAAAUCGAUGAAAUAUUGCAUCGAGUCUAUGACAAGAGAAAACAUUUGAAGAAGUCUAAGGCACUUAAAAUGGUUCGUGUUGGACUUGUUGAUCAAAUGAGUUCACGUGCGAAAGACUUUUCUUUACAAGAACUAGCCAAAAAACAUAUCGAAGUGAACCUGAAUGAUUUGCGUCUGAAAGAUUCAUCGACGUCACUUGGACAACAGUUAAAGCAGCUUUAUGACCAAAUAAAUGCAAUGAAAGAGGAGAUAGAAAACAAAAACAAUAAAAACGCUGUUCUAAGACGUACUCUUUUGACCACAUAUUUAGAUAUCAAACGGAGCGGUAGAAAUAUCAACGAUAUAUAUCCUGAGGAAUAUGCCAAUUUGCUUGAAGUAGCUGAGCAUACACUUCUUUCAGGUGCAAAUGUCAUUGUUUGUACCUUGGACAUGUGUCAUUCGCUUAGAAUGGAUUUGUCAUUCAGAGAAGAAAGCCCAAUUCCAGUUCUCAUCGUUGAAAAUGCAACGCAAGCCUUAGAAACUGAUAUUUUGAAACCUCUUACAUUUGGUGUUCAAACCUUAGUUUUAGUUGGCGAUGUCUGCAAGCAAUCAACGAAGUACUUAGCAUUGCCUAUCUUAGAAAGUCAUGGAUUUGAUAAAUCUCUAUAUUCAAGAUUGAGAUUAAAACUGGCAGAGUCAGUAGACUGUCCUCUAUUUCAACUGAACAUUCAAUACAGAAUGAACAAGAAAAUAUCAUAUUUUCCUAACAAAUUCUUCUAUAUGGGCAAAGUAACUAAUGCAGUGGCAUAUAGACAGCCAUUUCCGCUGCGUUCGUAUAGAAUCUUUAAUGUCGAAACUUUACAUAAUUUUCGAGAUAAUGAGGUUCAGUUCAUGGCUAGUGUAAUACAGUGUAUUAUAGUCCAUGCUAAAUUAAAAAAUUCUGCAAAGCCACUAAAGAUUGGCAUCAUAACGGCUUCCAAGAGUUCGAGUGUUCGAAUAAGAACUGCAAUCGAGGACCAAAUGGAACUAAUAUUAGAAGCUAAAAGAAACUUAGUGUCUAUUGAGGUAGAUACAAUUCACAAGUUCAAGAAUCAAGAACGCGAUGUGAUUUGUGCAUUGUGUCACAGGCCAAAAGAUGGUCAGCGAUUCGUUGAUUCCCAAAGGCUAUAUUCAAUCAUGACACUGGCUAAGCACAGUUUAAUAUUAUAUGGAGAAUUUCGGAAGUUCGAGGACGAGACAAGUUCUCUAUGGAAUAGCUUAAUACAAGAUGGAAAAGAAAGAAAAGUCUUUUUUGAUAUUGAAGCUCGUCCACAUCUCGCAAGCCUAAAGAUGCUGUUAAUUAGAUUUUAGAAUUAUUUCAGAUUAGAUUAUAGGAAAUAUGUGUCAACAAAUAUUUUUAUAUAACUAAACAAAAAAAUAUAUUUUUAUAUUUGAAUACUUUAAGCAAGUCUUUCCAUUUUUAUUUUUGUUUUUGUCAGAAAAAUAAAAUUACUGCGAUGAGAAUACGAUUCAUCUAAUUUUUAUUCAGUUCUUCUAGUUUUUUUUCAGUAUUUUAUUUUGUAAGAAUGAUCAAUUAUGUAUUGAACCGUUUGCGUGCCCGUGUUUACUGAAAUAGUCUUCGUUCUCUACAUAUGUUACACAAAUAUACUUAAGUAUUGUAAAAAAUGGUUUAAAAGGCGGCAGAGUGAAAAUCAUCUCAAGUAUUAUUUCAUACCAAUGCUGUU